CCCUCUCUCCCUCUCUCUAUCUCUAUCUUCCCUGCCUAGCACACACAUACUUCCCUGCAUACAACGGCACAACGCGGCUUUGGGGGAAAUCCAUCCCGAACCAUCCACAUGUAAUGAUAACCGUCCAGCAUAGGACAUACAGACCAAUGCUUAAACCACCACCCUGCAUCAAUCCGUCAACGCCAUCAUCACCGCAUGCGACUUUUUCCAUCGAAAUCCCAUGCAUUAUAACCUCCCACCCAGAAAUAAAUAAAUAAAUAGAUAAAUAAAUAGAGACGGAGCGCAUAGAAGAAAAACGGGGAUCCAAGGCGAAUAAUAAUGCACACCAGCCAACAAUCAGACCACUUUCUUGGGAUUUCUCCCUCUCUCAGGCUCUCUCUCUCUAUCCCUCCAGGACCAGUCGACGACGGACGCUUGCCAACGGUUUUCGGAGAGAAAAAAAGGAAAGGUAAGAAAAUACCUAAAUCUCCCUGGCGGGCGCGCAAGGCGCACGUGCCCCGAACCGUCGGCCGCGGUCGAUUCGGUGACGACGACGAUGACAACGACGACGACGACGACGACGACGAGGCAUACGCGCACGCGACGCACUGUCCAUGGAGGGAACAAACGUGGCGACGGAGAUCUCCUCCAUCCAUCGAUCGAGCAAUCGAUCAAUCAAUCAAUGAAUGAUGAUACCUACCAGAUAUGCCGUAGUAGUACAAGGCUCGAACC